UUUUACAUUUUGCAGCUAGUUGGUACCGACCACUGUACCUUCAACUCAACACAGAAAGCUUUUGGAAUAGAUGAUUUCAGAAAAAUCCCAAAUGGUGUCAAUGGCAUUGAGGAGAGAAUGCAUCUGGUUUGGGAUACAAUGGUGGCCUCAGGGAAAAUAUCUGUCACUGAUUAUGUUCGAAUAACAAGCACUGAAUGUGCUAGGAUAUUCAAUAUCUAUCCACAGAAGGGAGCAAUACUUCCUGGGUCGGAUGCAGACAUAAUCAUAUUAAAUCCCAAUUCAAGUUUUCAAAUAAGCUCAAAUUCUCACCAUUCAAGAUCAGAUACAAAUGUCUAUGAGGGAUGGAUUGGGAAGGGAAAAGUUGAGAUAACUAUUGCGGGUGGAAGGAUUGUUUGGGAAAAUAACGAACUAAAGGUUAAACGUGGUUCGGGCAAAUACAUAAAAAUGCCUCCUUUCAGUUAUGUUUUUGAUGGAAUUGAGAAAGCAGAUGCGAGUUACAUCUCUUCCCUAAGAGCACCAGUAAAUCGAUUUAAAGGCAUGCAAUGAAAUGCAUGUUCAAGUUAUGAAUACUUGUAAAGUAACAACUGAAUACUAUAUAGUUUUUCGUUUCUUCAAAGCAAUAAGUUGAGGGAUUACGUUGAUGUAUUUUAUUUU